CAGUGUUUGUGUGCGAGCUGUGUGGGGCCACUGAGCCGAGCCGAGCCGAGUCAACAAGCCUGUGGGACUCGAAGAAGAAGGAGAAGAAGUGUCUGUCAGCGCGCAACAGAAACAGAUUAUUUCCUUUCUUUAAAACCUGUUUUAUUUAUUGCAACAUUUCAUUUCCCUCGCGUGAAUUGUGCGCAUUUUUAACGUGUUUGCUCGCACGAGCGUGGAGCUGUUGUGACACCGUGAGCUGAGGUGCGAUGUGGAAACAGGAGAAAAAGCUCAGAGGAGGAGAAGGGACGGAGAAAUCAAACGGCUUCUCGUCCGACCGAAACAUCCUCUGCCUGUUUGACGUGGACGGCACUUUGACACCGCCCAGAGAGAAAAUCGACCCACAGCUGGACGAGUUUUUCCAGACCCUGCGGAGCAAAGUGAAGAUCGGCAUCGUUGGCGGGUCGGACUACUCCAAGAUAGCAGAGCAGCUGGGCGAGGGGGAUGAUGUGAUACACAAGUUUGACUACGUGUUUGCCGAGAACGGGACAGUGCAGUACAAGGAUGGGAAACUCCUCACAAAGCAUGCCAUUCAAAACCAGAUCGGGGAGGAGCUGCUGCAGGACCUGAUCAACUUCUGCCUCAGCUACAUGGGGCUCAUCAAGCUGCCUAAGAAAAGGGGAACGUUCAUUGAGUUCAGGAACGGAAUGCUCAACAUUUCCCCCAUUGGUCGGAGCUGCACGCUGGAGGAGCGGCUUGAAUUCUCUGAAAUCGACAAGAAAGAGAAGAUCAGAGAGAAAUUUGUCGCUGCGCUGAAGGAGGAGUUUGCGGGAAAGGGACUGCGGUUCACUAAAGGUGGUCUCAUCAGCUUUGACGUUUUUCCAGAGGGCUGGGAUAAGAGACUGUGUCUAGAGGUGCUGGAGAGGGAGGGCCUGGACACCAUCUACUUCUUUGGCAAUGAGACCUCAGAUGGAGGAAACGACUAUGAAAUUUUCAACGACCCUCGGACCAUCGGUUUCACGGUCUACUCUCCGAAGGACACGGCCAGGCUCUGUCGGGAACUUUUCUUUGAUGUUCCACCACACGAAUCCUGAUGCCCUGAGCCGCUCCCGCCCCUGCCCCCGACCCCUGCCCCCGACCCCUUUACCCACAAACCCCUCUGAACGCCUGCCUGUGGGCCUCUGCUGGUACGACAACAAGCCCCCUCAAACCCAGGCUGAUAUUCAGCUGCUGAAAGGUAGCACUACUGAUUUUCUCCAUGUUGUUAAUAUGCUUACUUACUUGAAAUACAAACGGGCAGCAGCAGGGAUAUUUGACUGAACUUGGACAAUAAAUCCUGCUGUUUUUUUUUAAAGGGACAUUUACUGAGGAAGUUUCAAAUGCUGUGUUUGAAGGUGUGUUUCUCUGCAGUGUCACACCACUGCGACGUGUAGCAUGUAACAUAGAAUUAACCAAAAAGCUUAGAGAGAUCCUAAAACAUUCUGCAGUGUUGAAAGUCAGUACUCCAGAUGGAGAGUAUAGAAUGAUGUUUUGCACUAAGGUUGGUAUAUUGUCAUACCAGUCGUUGGCGUGGUCUUACUGAACACUACUGAAGGAGAUGAUACAAGUGAGAGAGAGCCGCAUUGAAACAGGUGAGGCGUCCUUUUAGGAAAUGAGAUAUGAGCGAAGCAUUAAAGACAGUUGAGGAUAUGUGAAUCAUUCCAGGUACUCUAACGUCUCUGCAGCUUUUGAACUGGAUGUGUUUUACUGUUGGUGUACUGUAUGAGUGUCAAAUGUCUGUUUUAACCUUGUGAGGUGCUGCUGGAAAUGACAGAAGUUUGCUGGCGUUGCUUGUUUUGGUUCUCUGAAGAUUUAUCAGAUUUCUAUUUAAAACUGAACAUUACUGACUCAAUGAAUUCAUCCUAACCAGUGAAUUAAGCUACUGUGACCUGGUCACUCGACGAACCCUCGUCAGUCAGUACGACGGCUUUUUAUGUAAAAUAUUUUCACGCUGUAUGCUGGGUGAUGUAUUCAUGCCCGUUGCUUGGUUUCUUCUGUGUCUGUGAUUUUCCCACAACAAGUGUUAUGGGGAAUAAUCAGUCAUAAUCAGUGUUCUGACUGAAAAAUAAUGCCUCCAAUGGAGCAUUAUUGCAAAUAUGAUGUGAUGAUUUGAUAAAUCAGCUGUAAGCAGCCUUCCACCCUCAAAGACUACAAAGAUCAUGCAGACAAGGCUUGUAUGCACAGGAAACAUGUCUGAUGAUAGCUGUAAGAUCGAUCUUGUCAUUGAUGGUUAAAAACGUAUUUUGUGUCUGUUCAUUGUAAUAAAACGGUUUUGAUAUCAUUUCACUGA